UAGAGUACAAUUUACAGAGGUGAUAAGCUUGGACCCUUCAACCUUUAAAAAAGUACCAUGCCUAAGAUUGCUUAAACUACUGAAGAAAAAUUCGCAAAUUGAAUUUGAAUUCCCUCGUGGUCUUGAUGGCACUUUUCCCGAUAAGCUUAGAUUCUUGGAAUGGUACUACUACCCUUUGGAAUCUUUAGGGUCAAAUUUCACACCGCAUAAUCUUGUUCAUCUUAGUAUGGUUCGAAGCCAACUUAAGAAACUGUGGAAUGAAACUCAGGAUGUUAACAACUUGAAAUAUGUCAAUCUCUCUCACUCAAAGAAUCUGACUUGUUUUCCAAAUCUCGCUAAAGCAAAUCUUCAAAUGCUGCGCCUCCAUGGUUGUACAAAUUUAGUUAACCUUCCCCCGUUAAGGUUUCACAACAUUCUUGAUAAUGCAGAGAAAGAAUCCGAAGUCAUGCACAAAUAUAAUUGUUUAAUGCUACAAUUUAUAUAUCAUAAGGUGUAUGAUGAGCGUAAAAGCAUUCACCAGAAUGUGCGACAUUUUGCUGUGCGACAAUCUGUUGAGCAACAUUCUCUUAAGCAAGAUUCUGAUGUGUUCAUGAAUAUAACCCCAUCCCUAUUGGACUAUGUGUGGACAGACGGGGCCUAUAGUUGCUUGCUUGAUCUCAAAGGGUGCUCCAACCUUAGAAGUCUUUCAGUGAUGUCUGGUAAUAUAAAAUUCAUAUGUUUGCGUUCAACUGCAAUAAAAGAAUUGCAUUCCUCAAUUGGCUAUCUCAAAAAUCUUCUUGUGCUUGAUCUCUGUAAUUGUAAAUGUAUCAAGAAUCUUCCAACUAGUAUUCGUAAUUUGGAGUCAUUGGAAUACCUAGAUAUGUUUGGAUGUAAAUCCAUUGAAAAGUUUCCCGAGCUUCCAAAAAAUAUAAAAGGACUAGAUUUGAGUAGAACAUCAAUACAACAAGUGGAUUCAUCAUCCUUUGAGUGUCUACCUUGUCUCCAUAUUUUAUACAUGAAUAGUUGUAUAGAGCUUGAAAGCCUCCCAACUAGCAUAUGUAAGUUGAAGUCUCUUGUGAGACUAGAUCUUGGAAAGUGCUCACGAUUGAAACUUUUUCCAGAAAUCUUGGAGCCUAUGGAGAAGCUAGAGAAACUUUAUUUAGAUGAAAGUGGGAUUGAAGAGAUGCCAUCAACAAUAGAGAACCUUGUUGUGCUUCGUGAUUGA